GAUCGUAUUUAGUGCCGUACUAUAUAAGCCCCGUGAGAGUCGAGCCGGCAAUCUAUCGGCUCUAAUAUGAAGUACCUGACGUGUGUUCUGCUCCUGUUGGCUUUGAUUCCGGCUCUGAUCGACGCUCAUCCCAGCACAGUGGUGGUAAAUGGCCGCUGUCUGACUUGUCCCAAUCCGGAUGGAGAACCCGUCUACUUGGAUGGCCAGGAGUACCGCAGCUUCUCCUCGAAUCCAAACGAUGGCAAUGUGGUAAUUUCCCGGGGAGCAGGCGGAGGAGGAGGAGGUGGAAGUGGCACAAUUUACCGGAGGGGCGGCAACACCAUCGUCAACGGGCGCUGCCAGCAUUGCAACGUGGAUCUCUAUUAAAAGUGCCCCAAUAAAGUCUGAACAUUGAAUUGAAA